AUGCCGAAGCACUACAGGCCCGCCGGAAAGAAAAAGGAAGGUAACGCCGCUAAGUAUGUGACGAGGUCUCAAGCGGUGAAAUACCUCCAAGUCACCCUUCCUGUUUUCAGGAAAUUAUGCAUCCUCAAAGGUGUUUUCCCUCGGGAACCGAAGAAGAAGGUGAAGGGAAAUCACCAUUCUUAUUAUCACAUGAAAGAUAUAAUGUUCCUUAAACAUGAGCCAAUACUAGAGAGAUUAAGGGACAUCCGAGCUUAUGAGAAGAAGGUGAAGAAGGCCAUGUCAAAGAAGAAUAGGGAUCUCGCCGAACGAUUGUUGACACGCAAACCUACAUACACUCUUGACAUGCUCAUUAAAGAGAGGUAUCCCAAGUUCAUUGAUGCACUGAGGGAUCUUGAUGACUGUCUGAGUAUGGUACACCUAUUUGCAGCAUUGCCUGCUGUGGAUAGGGCUGUUGAUGGAGAGAAGAUACCUGUAAGCCGUGUCCAUAAUUGCAGAAGGUUGAGUCAUGAGUGGCAGGCUUAUAUUUCCCGCACGCAUAAACUAAGGAAGACCUUCAUUUCUGUAAAAGGAAUUUAUUAUCAAGCUGAGGUUGAGGGGCAAAAAAUUACUUGGUUAACUCCACAUGCACUGCAACAAGUUCUGCCUGAAGUGGAUUAUAGAGUUCUGCUAACUUUUUUGGAAUUCUAUGAGACUCUUCUUGCAUUUGUUAAUUACAAACUUUAUCAGUCAAUAAAUGUGAAGUAUCCACCCAUUUUGGACCCUCGACUUGAAGCUCUGGCUGCUGAUCUUUAUGCCUUGUCAAGAUACUUUGAUGCUCAUGCUCAAAGUUCCUCUAUGCAAAUGGAUACUUCAUCUGGAUCUGAGCAGACCAACCAGCUUGAGGGGACAAAACCUGAUGAAUCUGAACUCAGGCUUGCCCAGCUUCAGCAACAGCUUCCUUCCAAUGAAGCUGGUGCUUUGAUGCACCUUGUUGAAGAUGUCGCUAAUGAGGAUGAGGAAGAUGCUGAAACACAGGAAUGCAAAAAUCUCUUCAGGAACAUGAAAUUUUUCUUGAGUCGUGAGGUUCCUAGAGAGUCAUUACUGUUCAUCAUUCCUGCUUUCGGCGGUACAGUUUCUUGGGAAGGUGAAGGUGCACCAUUUGAGGAGUCUGACCAUAGUAUCACUCAUCAGAUUGUUGAUAGACCAUCUCAGGGACGCAAAUUCCUUUCCAGAGAAUAUUUGCAGCCUCAGUGGGUUUAUGAUUGUGUCAAUGCACGCAUUAUAUUGCCCACCGAAAAAUAUAUGGUUGGAUGUGUUCCUCCGCCACAUUUAUCCCCAUUUGUAGACAAUGAAGCAGAAGGUCAUGUUCCUGAGUAUGCAGAAGCUAUUGAGCGACUGAAGAAUGCUCAAAGAAACGAUAUCCUACCGUUGCCUGGCACGGGAAAAGAAGAUUUGGAUGACCCUCACAGUUUACUUAGCAUUAGUGACCGGAAAGAAGCUAUUGAUGCUGCUGAGAGAAAACAGAAGAAGCAGUAUCACGAGGAGCUCAAACGAGAGCUCCAAGGUGAACAGUAUUCAUCUCUCCCCAGUGGCAUUGAAGCCGAGGGUUAUACCGAAAUCGACACAGCCCCCGAUUUGAUUCAAAUGGCCGAGGAUGCUUCUAGUAUGUCAAAGAUUGGAAUGUCACGCAAAAGGGCUCGACUUUUAGAAGCCAUGGAGGUAAUAAUUCGAAAUUAUUUUAUGUUGGAUAUUUUGAAAAUCUGCUCACUUAUCCGAGAUCUCUAUCUUCAGGCUAUGAGAGAAGCUUUGGACUCCAGACAGUCAACAGAUGAUGGAGAUGCAAACAUGUCAUUUGCACAACCAUCUUCACAUCAUGAGGCUGAUGACAACAAUAUACCUGCAAGAGAUAAUGAGUCAGAAUAUGAAGAUUCUGAAGGGAAUGUCAACACUGACUCAUCUAGUGGUGAUGAUGAUGAUGAAGCAAGGCCUAAGAAGAAAAAAAUAGUUUAUGAUGGAAAAGGAGAUCUGCAGACCUUCCAAUUUCAGCUUGGGAUGAGAUUUGAAACCAUUGGGCAAUGUAGGAAGGCAGUUCAGAAUUAUGCAAUUUAUAAUGGCUGCAACAUAAGUUUUGUCAGAAGUAGUUCAAGUCAGAUUGAAGCUAGGUGUGAAGUUGGUUGUCCAUGGAGGCUUUAUGCUAGUCUGAUAAAAGGUGAAGGUAGUGUGGCUGUGAAGACCUUUGUUAGUAGCCACAGCUGCCAUAGGGACUUGAACACUAAACAAGCAACUGCUUCUUGGGUUGCUGGGGAAUAUCUACCUAUGAUUAGAAAGAAGCCUAAGAUGAAAAUUUCUGACUUAGAGGAUUCUAUCAGUGAAAAAUAUGGUGUGCAACCCUCUAGGUGGAAACUGUACAAAGCAAAAACUAAGGCUCUUAAACUGCUUAGAGGUACAGAGGAGGAGCACUAUGGAAAACUUAGGAAGUACAUUGCAGAGCUUCAAAGGGUUGAUAGAAAUGGCACAUUUCAGCUGAAAUUGGAGAGUGGCAGUGUAUUCAAAUGUUUUUAUGUAGGUUUUAGUGCACUAAGACACGGUUUCUUGCAAGGCUGUAGGCCAAUUAUUGGCCUUGAUGGGGCUUUCUUGAAGACCUUUUUAGGAGGUGUAUUAUUGUGUGCUGUUGGGAAGGAUGGGAACAACCAGAUAUUUCCAUUGGCAUGGGCAGUUGUGGAUUCUGAGAAUGAAAGCAAUUGGAAAUGGUUUCUAGACAUACUUUUUCAAGAUUUGGGGAUAUCAGAUGGACUUGGAUGGACAUUUAUCAGUGAUCAGCAAAAG